AUGGCAAAAUCUAUCGAGCAAUUAAUAUCCAAAAGAGCUAAGGGGCGUACUUCCUCUCACUUUACUAAUGGUCCUUCAGAGGCACCGCCAGCUGGGUUCAAGCCACAUCCAAAACCAUUGUUGUUAUCGUAUGGUACGCCAAACAAUGGGUUUUUUCCUAUAGAUUCACUCGAUAUCAAUUUGGUCAAUUUUCCAUUUGAACAUCUUGACAAAUACAAUCUGCCACAAGACUCAUUGCAAAAAUUGUCCAUUUCCAUCAAAAAUGGCAAUGACACCAAUGGCCAAAGCAGCAAGAACAUCGAUAAAGAAAAAGAGGAGUUUCCAACAUUUCAAGUAACAAGACAUUUCGACGACCCAAACUUGACCGAUUUGUCAACUGGUUUACAAUAUGCUGCUGUCGAGGGACAUGCACCUUUGCUUGAGUUUACCAAAAAUUUCAUCACUAGAGCUCACAAACCUGCAAACGACGAAUGGGGACUGAUUAUCACUACCGGUGCCAGUGAUGGCUUAAACAAGGCAGUAGACGCUGUUUUGGAUAACGGUGACGUCAUCUUGAUUGAAGAAUUCACCUUUACCCCAUUCCUUCGCUUUGUUGAUAAUGCCGGUGCCAUUCCAAUACCUGUCAAAAUUGCCUUGAGCAGUGACUCAAAUGGACUUGACUUGGAUCAUUUGCAAAGUUUAUUGGAAAACUGGCAGGUCCAUCACAAGGAUUUACCCAAGCCAAAGGCAUUGUACACCAUUGCCACGGGACAAAACCCCACAGGUUUCACCCAAUCUGUGGAGUUUAGAAAAAAAGUAUACCUGCUCGCGCAAAAGCACGAUUUAAUAAUUAUCGAAGACGAUCCUUAUGGAUAUUUGACCUUGCCCAAAUAUGAAGCGCCAUCAAAAGAUGGUUUUGAAACUCCAUUUAGACGUGAACUGGCAAAACUUGCAAAGCAAUUGACCAUUGAUGAGUAUUUAAAAGAUCACCUCACACCCUCGUAUUUAGAGCUCGAUUUAGAUGGCAGAGUUAUUAGAGUCGAAACAUUUUCCAAAUUGUUUGCUCCAGGUUUGAGAUUGGGAUUCAUUAUAGCUCAUCAAAAGAUAAUCAACGUAAUCAAAAACUAUGCUGAAGUCAUCAAUAGAGGCGCUUCAGGUGUAGCACAAUUGAUUGUUAAUGAUGUUAUCCAGGGAAAACUAGGCGGAGUAGAUGGUUGGCUCAAUUGGAUCUUGAAGAUGAGAGCUACAUAUCUGCUUAGAAAAGACUUGCUUGUACACACAAUUCUCCAAUCUGAGGCGUAUAAACAAGGUUUGGUGGAUAUAAUUGACCCCAAGGCAGGAAUGUUUGUUACUUUCAAAAUAAAGUUUCUUGAUGGUAGACCAGAGGACGAAAUCGUUGACAAAGUCCAACAAUUAUUCUGGAAGAUUAUUAGCUACGGAGUCUCUGUCGUGCCUGGUAACAAGAUGACAGUUGAUGCCAAGUUCAGUGCCAGUAGAAGCAAUUUCUUUAGGUUGUGUUAUGCCCCAGCUAAUAACGACGAAGAUUUGGUUGAAAGUGGCAAGAGAUUAACAGAAGCAGUGCUCGAAUUUUACAAAAAUGGUGAGAAAUUUUAA